AUGACAACAUAUUUCAUUCGCAACUAUAUAGAAAUCUUGAAGGAGUGUGGUGGAAUGAACAUUGAGAAACAGAUGAAAAUAUAUACAAAGAGAGAGAACAAAUAUGUAGUUCGUUAUGAUAGAACUACACCGCUAUGGGAUGUUAUGAAAACAUUGUGGGAGUGCAAAUAUUUCGAACCUAUUUCUUAUGGAGAACUUUUCACAUAUACGACUGACUUAUAUAAACAGAACCUUGCACCAUUUAAAGAUUUGACAUAUGCUCCAAAGUAUUGUGUACAACUGAAGAAGAAAGCCGAGUCAAAAGAAGUAAAUAAAAAUAAGUGCAAGUUCAUUCCUGAGCACGUUUUCUUUGCUGACUUUGAGUGUAGUACCGAUGGCUUUCAUAAAGCUUUUAACAUCUGUUAUGACAGUGAAGAUGGUUCAGUGAGUGAAAGCAUUUGGGGUCAGAAUUGUGCAACAGAAUUUUUGGAACGACUUCCUGACAAGAGUUUAAUAUAUUUCCAUAACCUCAGCUAUGAUAUAAACUUCAUCUUAAGACACAUGACAGAAGUGAAAGGAACUCCCAUCAUUAAAGGUUCACGAACAAUGCAAAUAACUGGUUUAUAUAAAGGACGGGUAAUUAUUAUAAAAGACUCUUACAGUGUUAUAAAUAAGAAGCUUAAACUAUUUCCUGCUAUGUUUAACUUACAAACAGGACCGAAAGAAGUAUUUCCAUAUAACUACUACAGCAGUGUUUUGUUAGCAAAUGACAACAGAACUGGUGUCAUUUCUGAAGCAUGUAAGUUUGUCAAGGAUGCAGAUACAUUUAUGAAGAACAUAGAUUCCAUUAAAGGUUGCAGAAUAGAUGAGAACCACUUCGACUUAGAAAAAUAUAGCACGUUUUACUGCAAACAAGAUGUAA